GCAGCGCUUUGGGAUGCUAGGGACGCGCCUGGCUGUACUUCUGAGGUGGGAGGGGGCUACAGGCAGAAGAGAAUAUCAGACGUUCAUAUGUUCCCCUUCUGCCUGCCGCUCAUCUCUCGUUCCGCUAGGGCUGGUCCGUGCAAGAAACAGACGGAGCCAAGGCAGCUGGGAGAGGAAGACGCUGAGGCGCGUGGAACCCGAAAAGUCUGGGUGCUCUCAGUUACCACCUAGAGUCCACAGCAGGCCUUCAGCACCAUGGACAGCCGCGCCGGCCAGGGGAACAGCAGCGACUGUUCUGACCCCUUGACUCAGGCAAGUUGCUCUCCAGCACCUGGUUCCUGGCUCAACUUGUCCCACGUAGAUGGCAACCAGUCCGACCCAUGCGGUCUGAACCGCACCGGGCUUGGCGGGAGCGACAGCCUGUGCCCUCCAACCGGCAGCCCUUCCAUGGUCACAGCCAUUACCAUCAUGGCCCUCUACUCUAUCGUGUGUGUAGUGGGCCUCUUCGGAAACUUCCUGGUCAUGUAUGUGAUUGUCAGAUACACCAAAAUGAAGACUGCCACCAACAUCUACAUUUUCAACCUUGCCCUGGCAGAUGCCUUAGCGACCAGCACUCUGCCCUUUCAGAGUGUCAACUACCUGAUGGGAACGUGGCCCUUCGGAACGGUUCUCUGCAAGAUCGUGAUCUCCAUAGAUUAUUACAACAUGUUCACCAGCAUCCUCACCCUCUGCACCAUGAGCGUGGACCGCUACAUCGCCGUCUGCCACCCCGUCAAGGCCCUGGAUUUCCGAACCCCCCGAAAUGCCAAAAUUGUCAAUGUCUGCAACUGGAUCCUGUCUUCCGCCAUUGGUCUGCCUGUAAUGUUCAUGGCAACCACAAAAUACAGGCAUGGGUCCAUAGAUUGCACCCUUACGUUCUCCCACCCCACCUGGUACUGGGAGAAUCUGCUCAAAAUCUGUGUCUUCAUCUUCGCCUUCAUCAUGCCAGUCCUCAUCAUCACCGUGUGUUACGGACUGAUGAUCUUACGCCUCAAGAGCGUCCGUAUGCUGUCGGGCUCCAAAGAGAAGGACAGGAACCUGCGCAGGAUCACCAGGAUGGUGCUGGUGGUCGUGGCUGUGUUCAUCGUCUGCUGGACCCCCAUUCACAUCUACGUCAUCAUCAAAGCGCUGGUCACGAUCCCAGAAACCACUUUUCAGACGGUUUCCUGGCACUUCUGCAUUGCCUUGGGUUACACAAACAGCUGCCUGAACCCAGUUCUUUAUGCGUUCCUGGAUGAAAACUUCAAACGAUGCUUCAGAGAAUUCUGCAUCCCAACCUCCUCCACGAUCGAACAGCAGAACUCCACCCGAAUCCGCCAGAACACUAGGGAACACCCCUCCACCGCCAAUACAGUGGAUCGAACUAACCAUCAGCUAGAAAAUCUGGAAGCAGAAACUGCUCCACUGCCCUAACUGGGUCCGACACCAUCCUUGCCCUCGCUAAGCUCAGAGGCCACCGUCUACUUGGAAUCAGGUUGCUGUCAGGGUGUGUAGGAGGCUCUGGUUUCCUAGGAAACCACCUGAUCCUGCACCAAGCAGAGACUGUCCUCUCCGGCCACUUCACUCUGCACGUGAGAGACACUCGUACUGUAGCACGCACUCAGAAGGGAGAGACUUCAUGACGCUACUGAACCCAGCUCGUGUACAGAACCACCAGAAACAUCCCGGACCACAAUACUCUGUGGUAUGUGAAUUGGGGGUCAUCAUAGAAGGUGACCCUUCUGUAUGUAGUAUUUUUAUUUUAAAAAAAAAAUUCUUUUGACCUCAUCAAAGAAAAACCAUCAAUUGUUAAAUUCACUGUAGUAAUGCAUAAAGUAAACGCUACCUCUGACCUCUGACCCAGUCACCUUCUAUGGAAAGUUCCAGUCUUGUUAGUAUUUUGUUGGGUGGGGGGGGAUACAUUAUUUUCAACCAUAAUGUUCAUGUUGAAAUUAUUACGUAGUUAAGACACCAGGGGCACCUCCAUUGCCAGGUUUUGUAUUGGUAGAAAGAACACAACAUCUUCCACAAUGAAAAUAAAAGGGGUUUAGAGCACAGUGUCAUCUGAAGAGCGGCUGUUCUCACAGGGAGAGAACUGACUGGGAGCUAUGAUGUUGGGGGACAGCUUCCUAAUUCCCCUGCCGCCCUCUAAGUGCUCAGAACACCAGGCUCAUGAAGUUACCCGGUGAGCUCACCAUGCUGUCUGAGGAGGAAGCCAAGAAUGUUGCUCUCUUCAUUUCUCAGUAAUUUCUGCACACUGCGUGCUCUCUUGUACAUUAUUUUCUCUGAUGUCUCCUGAAUCAGCAUGAUAAAACAACAGAUGUUGGUGGUGGCUGCCAAGAAAGUUUAAGCAUUUUUUUUUUAAAUACGGACCCAAUAAACAUAAUCACAAGGCAGACUCAACCACAGAGAAAAACAUGUGAUGGGUUUUUCAAUCCUAUGUAGUUACCUGAACAUGAAAUAUUAACAAUACCCCAAAACUCCUUCCGUGAAGAUUUGAAUUUAUGUGAUGUAUAAUCUUGGUCUUUAUUGUCUUUUAAAUAUCAAGAUUUCCUUGAUACAAUGUCAGUCUCCGAUGCAGCUUCUCGGAGUCCUUCUGGCUAGUCCUCUUUAACAGGACUCACAGUUGAGAUUUGGCAGUCUCCCCUUACCGGAUCUGGAAGAAUGGCCAAGUCAGGCGGUCCAUAUAAGGGCACUCUCCACUUUGAACUCUUGUCAGCUCUGACCACAUGAACUGAGUCUAUGGAGAUGAGAGUAGAAAUCAAGGGCCAAGUUUCCUUCCAAGGGUUCCAGAGAGUGCAAGCAGCCAGCAAACACAACCGUAAAAUAUGCGUCCCUCCAUCUGUCUAACAAGACACAAACAUGCCCCAGGUAUCCAAAGGCAGUGUUUCUGCAGGGCAGCUGUCAUAGGUCAGAAUAUCUGAAUUUACUGUCUCAGAUCUGAAAGGCUAUAAUUACAUAGACCUGGCUAUGUACCCAUUAGAGGAGGAAAAAAAUCCAAGAUAAGUGUUUUAAUGUUUCCUUUCAAUAAUGCAUCUAAUAACCUCCAUUUCUCAGACAUUUCACCCCAGGAUAGAUGGGUAUUAUGUUGCAAUUUUUACAUUUUCUGAUCCAAGUAAUUAAAACCAAAAAUCUUAAAAAGACAGAAUUUUAAAAUGGAUAACGCAAACGAGACUCCUUAGGGGGAAUGAAAUAUGUGUGCGUAAGUACUGAGGACACUCUUGCCCCCUAUAUGCUCUCAAGGGAUAGGGAGCACAGUUUUCUUUCUGAUCUUCGGGCUUCUUUUCAGCUAUCACUCUUUCUGUGUAAUGAUCCACUGGUGUGAAUUAUCUUGCACGUGGCUGAGAGCAUUUUGGCCUUGAUAUAAGACUUGAUCCAAGUUGUUUUUUUUUUUUACACAAACAUCAUGUAUAUGUGCAAAAGGCUCUUCCAUAUCAAAUCUUAGACUCUACAAAGAGUACACAAUGAAGGGGUUCAUUGUAAAAAAUACAUUCUAAAGCCAGUAAGGCGUUACCAGUAUUUUUUUCUGGAAAGCUGCUCUCAAUGCCUGUGUGCUAAAAAUAACUGGCAACUCAGUGGAACAGAGAGAGACACGAGAGCCCUCGUUCUGGAGGAGUGAGUUCCUCCCACAGUCCGAAGGUAAAGGAAAUGAGAAUCCUGUUCUUCCUUCUGACUACACCUGCAUCUUCACAGAUGAAGCUUCUUCCUCAUUACUCUCAAUUAAUCUGGGUGGCCCCGAAAUAGAGGCUACGGAUGUGAAGGGGGAGGUUUGAACUGUAGACAUAACUAUGGAAGCUCUGCUUUACUGAGUCUGAGGCUCAGUGCCCUGUCCUCCAGACUCUGCUUUCUUUCUGCUUUCAGCCUCCGUUGUGUGGCUACCGUGUCCUUCUCUCCUGAUUAAUCUCUGUAAGGGAACAAGGUGGGGAGAUGGGACUCAGCUAGGGAAAUAGUGCUUCCACAAUGAAGAGAGGGAGGGUCCAGAAGGAACUGGAUCAUGCUUUUGUUCUAGUCUUUGCUUCAGUAUUUUUUAUCUGCUUUCAUUUCAUGACACAAAGUAAGAGUUUAGAAGACACACUAAAAUGUUUUAAUUUGAAGGUCAAAUACAUUAAUAUCUGAACAUUUGUUUUUCUUUGUUUAUUUUUGGUUUGGUUUGAUUUAUAGUUGUGAGCAAUCUAUUUAAGAUCUCUUAGCCCCAUCUCCUUGAAAGAGUGAACAAUAAUACCAACUUUUUGGGUGAUAAUCCGGAUUAAAUAAUAUGAUGUCUUUAAAAAAUAAUUUUUGUCUGUCAUGUACUAAAUGUUUUCUAUCAUAAAUGGAAACUAUCAAUGUUGAAAGAAAGAAAACAAUGAGCAUAGGUAGUGUAGGGCUUCAGUGUAUGCGUAUCAACCUUUGGGAUAACACUUCCUUCUCUGCAUUGAGAUGACUCAGAGAACCAGUGUUUCGGUGGUCUUUAAGGCCUCUGACUGCUAAGACUUAAGGCAGGAGUACAUGAAAGGGCCCAAGUUUGGGACAGCUAUGCAAGAGAUGACUGAAUUUCACUAUAAAUAGUUUCACUCUACAGUCUUGACUUCCCGCUGUCAGAAAAAGUUCCAUGAAUUAUGGGAUGGCCCCUGUGCAGGGAAUAACCCAGCCCAGGUGCCAACAACUUCUUGUGCAUGAUGUGUGAAGGUGUUCGGAUGUCAUUAUGGAAAGCCACGGCAUUUCUUAAUGGAAGCAGAGGAGUGGUCCUCUUUUAUUAUUAUUAUUAUUAUUUUAUUUUUAUAUUAAUCGCAGGUUAUUUACUUUGUAUCCCAGCCAUAGCCCCCUGCCUCAUUCCCUCCCAAUCCCACCCUCCCUCCCUCAUCUCUUCCCUGCCCCUUUCUAAGUCCACUGCUAGGGGAGGUCCUCCUCCUCUUCCAUCUGACCCUAGCUUAUCAAGUAUCUUCAGGACUGGCUGCAAUGUCUUCCUCUGUGGCCUAGCAAGACUGUUCCUCCCUUGGGAGGGGUGGGGGUUAAAGAAGCCAGUCAUUGAAUUCAUGUCAGAAAUAGUUCCUGUUCCCUUUACUAGGGAAGCCCAUUUGGUUACUGACUACCAUGGGCUACAUCCGAGCAGGGAUUCUAGCUUAUAUCUGUACAUGGACCUUAGUUGUAGAAAGAGUCUCAUAGAGGGCCCCCAUGCCCUGAUAAAUUUUGUCCUUGUGGAGUUCCUGUCCUCUCCUGGUCAUAUUAACGGUCCUGAUUAAUAUAACCAGUAUGAGUAUGUUUUAGGCACUACACAUUAUGAGCAUGCAGGUGACUGAAACUUAGAAUUGGGACUUUAAAAACUGUGCGGGCCAUUGAGCCAUUGGUUGGGCACAGCUGGAGAAAGUAGUACCCAUCCUGCAUCUUUUGUGUGAAAUGUAAGUGCAGCUACAAGUACAUAUUUUAAUGAAGGGCUCAGUAUAAGCUCCUAAGAAAUACAAAGAGAUUUGGAAAAGUCAGUUAUUUCACCUAUAUUAAGCGUGUAAUGAGAAGAACGCUGAAAAAAAUGGCUCUCCCUCUCAGAACAUGUGCCCAGGGUCUAGAAGCAGCUUAUGUAUAACGAAUUUCCCUUCAGUGUUUCCAAACAUCUACAGGAUUAACUGGCUACUAACAGGUUACAGCUUCAGCCUACCCUUACCCUUUUAUUUUCCUUUCUUAUUACUCACUUCUACCCAAGACAGGUUCUUGCCUCAUAGCCCAGGCUAUCCUCCAGCUCGCUAUGGAAUCCCAGCUGGCCAUGAAUUUAGGAUCCUCCUGUUUCAACCCAAGUGCUGCAUUUACAGGAAGAAAGGGAAAAAAAAAAAAACUUGUACAAUACAAGCACAAUGCCACACUUUCCUUCAUCUAAACCACCCAAUGUUAGUCUGAAAAUCUGGUCUGUGUCAACACAAGCACAGACAUAUUUAUAAUGAUCAAAGGAUGCUUCAUCGUUUCUGGUUUUAGGAGAAUAGUAACACUAUUUUCCCUCAAGAAGUUCUGUUUCUCUCAGUGAGAAACAAACAACUGCAUCCAGACGUGGACCCUGCACUAAAUGCAGUUUAUGUCUCACAGCACAGUCGUUCUCAUGGAAUCUAAAAUUUGCUUAAAAUUCUUAACAACUUAGUAACCUAAAAACAUCAUGUUCUCUGCAAUACUUGCAACUUCUAUGUAGAAAAUGCAUAUCUCUUUUGUGAUUUCAGAGAAGCCAUUUUGGAGAGAGGGGGCAUAUUUUUAUCUCAACGUGACUACAUGCACCAUAAUAGGAAUAUUUAGCUGCCAAAAUUAUCUUUCAGGAAAAGUGUUUAAAUACUAUCUAUGCGUUUCUUCUUCCCGCCUUGCAAUUUGAUUUUUACAAGGAACUGAAUCUCAAAAGCAGGCUGUAAUAUUCUAUUUUCUUUAUAGCCUCUUGAAAGAAACUUCUGUUGUUUUGCUUCAACCAUGGAAAUGUUUUACUUAAUUGGCAUUAUCUACUAAUGUUGGAAAAUUUUCCAUGAAUACACAGUUAAUAAAUGCCAAAUGGAAAUGCAAAGAGAAGUAGUAUAUGCUGAGGAAGAUACAAAAAGAGAAAGGGCAGAAAUAAAGGCAGAGGCAAUUUCCCUAACCAUCUACCUGCAAGCGCCUGGAUAGGUUCAGUUCAGCUGCCAGGGAUUCUUAGGAAAGCUCAGUGCAUGUGGUUAGUCCUAGGUACCCCCCAAAGAUCUCCAGGAAGAGGUGAGCCCAUGGAUCAUGCUGGGUUUUGAGUGGCACCACUAUGGCCCUCGAACAGAUAUUUGCCAUUUUCAUUGUUUUACUUUCUAUAGCACAGUGCUGGGAUGUAGUAUUUAAUUGUUAGAAUAGUACAUGUGUCUUUUUUCCUUUGCUGUGGACCAUAUUUCAAUCACGCUUUUAAAUGAGUGGACUUCAGCCUCUCAGGAUUCUACCACACAACAGGAGAAAAGGUCCUGUUAAGAGAGCAAACAAAAUGGCAGACUAAGCAUUGUGAAGCCUCAAACCUUGUUUGCCUAUUUUCUGGGAAGUCUGGGAUGCUGCUGUUUGCUUGCCUGUUUUCUGUUUGGAGAGCAUGUUGCUUGUCAUUAUUGUUUGUCUCUUGUGUUCCGGCUCUUUCAUUUUUGCUUGAAACAGAUUUCAUUACACACAUACAUUCUCCUUAGAACAAUGCACACCAGUUUUCCCUCUGCGUUCAGUCCUAGGUGGGUCCCCUGUUAGCACUUCCUACUGAGACAGACCUGACCUCCACUUCAUUUCUUGCCUGGCCACUCUCUACUCUCUGCCUACCAAUGGUUCCCUGUACUCUAUCAUUUCCAAUAUAGAGCCAUUUAGCUUUUAAUGUCCAGUAUCCAUCCUACCAACCAACAAACCCCAUCAGCUGGUUCUUCUGAAUCUCUGCAGGUGGCAAGCCUGACUCCCCAUGCCUGUUCCUGCCUCUGCAGGGGUCGAUACAGGAAACCAGAAAAUAACAAGGCCUUUUUAUUCUCUUUAACUAUGAUACAAUUUGUUCCCUUCUGCCCCCAAGCUCACCCCUGCUCCUACUCUGUGGGAAGCUUCUACUGAUUGGGGCUGUAUUAACUCAUAACUCAUUUGCUUUAUGGAAAUUCUGAGCCUUUAUUUCUCAAGGGAAUAGAGAAACUCAACAGGCCUCCUACCCAGCUGGUUCUUUCCAUGCAAACUACUGAAUCUAUAUAAAUUAGAUUCAAGUAACUGGGUAUUUUAGGGAUUUAUACUCUCAGCACUGCAGAUAGAACUGGGACAUGUUCUCAGAAUCCCCUUUGUGCCUGUAACUCGAUCACUCAAUUUAGACAAGAAUUGGGGCCAAAAUAAGAAAAUUCUGGAUUAACCGGAAGAAAUGUCCGUGACUUUAUAUUUUGUUUGUUGGGUUUUGUUCAUUGUUUAUUUGUCUGGGAGAGGUUUUGUUGGUAUUGUUGUUAUUUUUGUCCUCUUUUUGUUUUUUAAGAUAGGGUCUCACUCUGUAUUCCAGGUUAUUCUAACACUCACUGUGUAUCCUAGGCUGACCUUAAACUCUUAGUGAUCCUUCUGCCUCAGCCUCCUGAAUGCUGGAAAUACAGGCAUGAGCUACACUGAGAAGUUGUUUUCAAUUGUUUUUUUGAGAAACUCUGUCCAUUUAUUGAUGGCACAAAAUGAAAAUAACAUUAAUCUUGAAGACCAUGCCUAGUCACCUUUAUAAUGAAUGCCUUCCUUCUAAUCAAAUGUUUAAAUAAUUUAUCAACCAAAUUAUACAAAACAACUCCUAGAAGUGGAUGGUCUCCAUCCCCUGUAAUAUUCAAUACAACAAAUUCCAGUAAAAUCUGAGCACUGAGACUAUCCGUCCCAGUGUGGCAUUGUGCAUGGGUGUGCAUAUAGAAAUGGUUAAUAUCUCUUUUAAAUUGCUGAUUUUUCUCAUGGCAAGACUGAAGUUUUUUCAGUAAACAAUGGAGAGAUCAAUUAGGUUAAUGUUUUCUUAUUGAUUCUGAUGACAGAGGAAACAUCCUGCUGGCUAAUUUCUAACUGGCCUGGCUUCUCAGAGACAGCUGGAAGCCAGCAACCACAGACACCAUGAAGAAAAGAGCUCCCUUCAGAACUGAGAGGGAGAGAAGGGGAAUGCAGUAAGUAGGAAUUGCCAGGGAAUGGCCAGGCUUCUUAUGACAUAAAUUUUAAAUGAGAUGUGAUCUUUUUGGCUCAGUAUUCUGACAUCUCUGUAGAAAAAGAAGUUAGGAAAGUAGUGUUAGAUUAGCUCUAGAUACGAAAGUCAGCUUGACUCUGUCAUGUUGAAAGUACAUAGGAGUUUAUACUUACGUCUGUCUUCUAUAUUUUGAAGCAUAAUAAGGUCAUGUCAACAUCAUGUAACACUGGAGAUUCUCACACAGAAAUAUGAUUUGAAUUUAGCAUACACUUUGAGAAGAUCAACUACAAACACUAACAUGUCAGUGAAUCUCUUAAGUGCAAAUUUUAUUUCUCAAAAAUGUUUGUAUUCAAUUGGAAAAUCAUUCUAUAUAUAGUAUUAAAGUAUAUCUUCUUGAUCUCAUGACUGAUAAUCAUAUGUCCUCUCACACAACCUAGAAGAGCUUUGCAGCCUCUCAGAAAUGCAACAACCCCUGUGUGAUUUUUUGUUAUUUUUUUUUAAUUGAUGGUUUGAUAGAAUCAUCUGUUACCAAGCAGGGACUUUGUAUUUUAAGGAUACUUUAAAAUUGCCAAGACUCCCAGAGACUUGUACACAUGUACACACAUACACACACACACACCACCAUCAUCAUAACAUGAACCUUUGGGAAUUACUUGGCAAUGGUGGUCAGUGGUCAGAAUAGGAAACAUUCAGUAUAGUAGUUUAUUGGGGAAUCAUCUCUUUAGUUCAAACUGCAGAACCAAUAAUGCAGGGGCUUUGUUGGUGGUGGUGGUUUCUUGUUUGUUUGUUUUGUUCACUCUGGAAAGACUUAAAAUGAAACUUGGAAUAUGCUUGCAAAUGACCUUUCUUAUCUCAGCCAUUCUGUUAUCUCUAUAUGAGCCAUCAGCUCCACUCAUGAACCACUGUAGAGUCUGAACCCAUAAAAUCCAAUGUGUAGAAUCUAAUAUUCCUGCCACCAAAAUUUUAGCCUUGAACACAGUUCUAUGAUUGUUGGGAUAUCAAUUUUCAUUAGUUUAAUCAGAACUGAGUUAGAAAUAUAUAUACAUAUAUAUAUAAUAUCCCUAUUACAUGGUAAUGAGAAAGAUCAUAAUGAUAUCAAUGCCAUUAUUUUGAAUUAUGUAUGCCUUUUUAUAAGAACAUAUCUACCAAUAUAAAAGGAAUAUAUAAACAGCUCUGUGCUAGUAUUUUCAUUUAAUUAGAAGCAAAGAUGAAAUGACAAUUUUCAUUUGGCAAUACAUUCCCUGAGCUUCUCACCUAAUUAACAGUUAUAAUUUAAAACGUGAAGUGGCGUUGUUUUCAUCUCAUUAUAUUACAUGAAAUAUAAGUAAAUAAAAUUGCAAAUUGAGCUUUCUAAAAAUACAUCGAACAACAUCUAUCAAAUGUAACAAACACAUUUUCUUUUUUUAAGGAAAAGUGUGAGUCUAAACAUCAGGUGUGUUACUUGUUGUUGCAUUUUUUUUUAUAGCACUGAUGAUGCAUUCUUGAUUUCCAAAGACAAUUUCUUCUAGAAAAAAUAUGCACUUCAUAGUUUUAAUUCUGUCUGAAAUUAUGAUAACCAAUGACAGUGUUUAAAAAUAACCCAUAAUGUUUCAGAAGAGAAAAAUAUCAAAACACAGUAACGAAUCUGAUUAGAUUCUCAUGUACUUAAAUACAAAUAUUUUAAGUAUAUCAUUGUCUGGGAGCUGCAUUUCUCUCCAGCUGCAGAAGCAGAGGCAAAUGAGCCCCUUCUUUGGACCAUAGUAUUGAGUCUGCUCAAAUAUGAGCACCAAGCCUUCUGCCUGUUCAUCUCUUCCUCUAAUUCUGGGGCAUGAAAGAAGACUAGACUUGACCCCUUUCCUCAAAAUCCAGGGGUGAAGCAAAUUUGGAAUUCUGCUGCUCAGCACGUUAGUUCAGCUUCUGAGACAAGACAACCUUCUCAUUUAUGGGAAAUGCCAAAAGAUGAGCACACAAAAGAAGUCUGACAGUUCAUGCUUUGCAGAUUUUGUGUCCGUGUAAAUGAAACCAUGACCACAUCUUCCAAAACUUUGUGUGAAAUCCAUGCCAUAGCAAUGAGCACAGCAUGCUACCUAGCUGAGUUGUUUUAACAACCUCCCCACCACACACACACACACAAGUGCAUGCUUUGCCUUUCCAAUAUAUUUCCCUGGGAAUCUGUGUUUUACCUCUUUUCCCUGCCAGAGACAUACACACGUGGUUUGUUCCGAUGAUUCACAAAGGAAUGUUCAAAGGCACACAGCAUUCCAUCCUGAAAGUUCUUCCUUGUAGUGUGUUUGGUUAUUUGCUUACAUUAGUAUGUUGGCCCUACAAUAAUGUUUUAUUGUAAAAAACAAACACUCUCACUUGCAGAAAAGACUAAGCUAUCAUUUUAUACUUAAUGCACAUUUCCAGGCAAAUGUAGCUUUCCCAAAAAUUAUCUGAUGUAUUACAAGGCUCCUACACAGAGCAAAGUGUUGGCUAGCACAUCAAGUAUUAGGACAUUGCUGCAUUCUUUUCUGAAGCAUUGCUAUUAGACUGUUUAUAAUAGUUGUACAUAGAAACAAUAUGUAAACUCUUGCUCUGUGUUACUUAUGAUGUGCCAGAAUCCAUAAACAUUUUGGGCUGUAUUGUGAUUUCUUGCAUGUAAUGUAUGAGUAUAUAUGACUAAUAAAGAAAACCUACUCCUAA